UGAAAGUAUCAGCUCAAACCAGAGAAACACGUUAUAAGUGCUUUCCGCAACCCAACUUAAGUUCAGUUGGCAUUUGUUCUUGACGUUGAAAACGUCUUCAGUCAUCAAAAAAAGUUAACGGAGACAAUAUAAGUGGAAUGUGCUAAAUACUUAACAGAAGUAUUUAUAGUCUAAGUUAUAUAUUAGCAAUUUUAGUGAUAAAAAAUACUGAUGAACUUGAACUAAAAUAUUAACACCUUUUAAAUAAAAUUCAAAAUACGGUCAUUACAAAAUGGGUUUUAAGAAAUCUGUGGAAAUGCAAACGACAAUGGCGGAAUUAAAUAAACCAAAUGCAAUUGGUGUCCGUCACCUACAGGCGUUGCUGAUGUUCCUGGGUAUAGUUUUCGGUUAUUUUCUGCGCGUUAAUAUGUCUGCUGCGAUUGUGCCAAUGACACAGCCGACGGCUGGUGCACCAUACUACGACUGGGACCCUUCAACAAAAUCGCUCAUUCUGAGUAGUUUCUUCUGGGGCUAUGUUGUCGCGCAAUUACCAUCAGGACUAUUAGCAAAACGUUUCGGUGCUAAAAUAGUGCUAGCCAUUGCUACUGGUAUUGCAGCUAUUAUCACAAUAUUUCAUCCUUUAGCAGUCAACAAUGGUGAUUGGCAGCUUUUGUGUACUUUGCGUGUGUUUGUAGGUCUGACACAGGGCGUCGUCUAUCCUUGUCUACAUACUUUGCUUGCAAAAUGGGCGCCACGUACAGAGCGUGGUUUUCUAACUACAUCAGUAUAUUCGGGUGCACAAUUCGGUACAGCUAUUAUAUUAGCGACCAGUGGUGUUAUAUUUGAUUCGGAAGCAUUAGGUUGGCCAGGUAUCUUUUAUAUAUCCGGUGGCAUAGCUUUAGCCUGGUCAGUGUUGUUUUUAUAUUUUGGUGCUGAUACACCGGCAGCAUCCAAAUCUAUCAGUAUAGCGGAAAGAGAAUAUAUUGAGAGUCUUACUGGCAGUGGUACAAAUAGUCAAGUCUUAGCUGUGCCAUGGAAAUCCUUAUUUACUUCUCUGCCGUUCUAUGGUCUAAUAGCCGCACAUUGUGGUUUCACUUGGGGAUUCUAUACAUUGCUCACUGAAAUGCCUACCUAUAUGAGCAGUGUGCUACAUUUGGAUGUUAAAGCCAAUGCGCUACUUUCAGCGUUACCAUAUUUUGUUAUGUGGGUGUUAUGUUUGAUUGUCAGCCCCACAUCAGAUUGGUUAAUAAAUCGGAAUAUAUUAAAUAUUACUGUAGCACGAAAAUUGUUUAACACUAUCGGCCAAUGGGUGCCUAUGUUGUGUCUAAUAGGUGUAGCUUACAUGACGGAAGAAGAAAAAACUCUUGCCAUUGCUUUACUAACAAUAGGUGUCGGCUUUAAUGCUGCUUCAUUUUGUGGCUAUUUAGUUAAUCACAUGGAUCUUUCACCAAAUUUUGCUGGUCCUAUGAUGGGCGUGACAAAUGGAUUUUCAAAUUUAAUGUCGAUUUGUGCACCUUUAGUUGUGGGUGCUAUUGUUGAAAAUGAGGAGGAUCCUAAUGAAUGGCGUAUUGUGUUCUUUAUCACAGCAGGUGUAUAUUUACUAUGUAAUUCUCUCUUCCUUAUAUUUGGUAAGGCAACAGUACAGCCCUGGAAUGAUCAAACUGUGACAAGUAGCACAAGGUCAUUACAAAAAAAAUCAGAUGAAGAGUUAGAUAAUACUCCUACAUCGUCAGCUUGGACAAUUGAUUCAAAGGUUGCUUGAGAGUAUUACUAACGAUUUUCAAUGUGUGAUAUGUAGAAUAAGAUAAUUUUAAGAAAAAAAAUAAAUAUAUUUGUUAUUAGUGUUAUAGUUAAGCUAAGCAAAAUUUUAUAAGCUACUAAUUAAGUAUGGAAAUUAAUAUUUUAAUAAAGACCCAU